AUGGCCAAGGGCGACGGCAGAGGCCUUCGCCGCCCCAAAGAAAAGGCGAAGGCCAAGGCAAAGGCCAAGAUGGCCGCGGCGCCUCCGGAUCCAAUGGAGGAGGCGGGAUCGGAUUCCCCGGUGCAAGAGGACAAGGAGGAGGAGGAGCAGGAGGACGAGGAGGCAGAGCCUGAGGCGUCGCAUGGAGGAGGGGGCGACGCCGAGGCGGAAAAUGCCAAGGAGGCACCUGCGCGGCGCUUCGAGGUUCUCGGCUUCCCUCACCUCGGCCUUAACCUGAAGCUGCGCCAGGUCUACGACGAGUCGGAGCUCAGGCGGAAGUGUGGCAGCGAUCAGUCGAAGCUUCGACGAUUGGACAUCGCGCUGAAGAAGCCUGACCUGUUCAAAGAAGUACGAGCAGCUGGCGCUGCACCUCCUGCUGCGAAGCCGGCGAAGGCCAAAGCAGGCACGAAACGGAAGGCUCCUGCUGAUCCUUCGGCAGCGCCCAAGGCCUCCGCCUCCCGGCCGGUGCGCAAGCGGCCAGCUAUGGCCACACCUCAUCCACCUGAGGAAGCAGCUCCCGCUGGGCCUGCUGAAUCUCAGGUGGAGCCGGAGGCGGCUGAAGCCGCAGACGCCCCGGCAGAGUGA